AUGAACACGCAGUGGAUUAUUCUUCUGAUUUCGAUCCCACAGAUCCCCGGAUUUCUUGAGUUCAACAAUGUGCGCUGCAUUGUCCGGGAUAAGAAGUUCAUGGAGUAUGACUACUGCUUCUUGAAGUCCGUGAACCGCACUUUCAAGUACCUGUCCCUAAAGACCAAGAUCCACCGUCUACCUAUUGAAGAAUGUGUGACUAUGGUCCAGAUUCGACAGCGGGAGAACCGAAGGAUUCUGUACAACUUCGACGUGAAACUGGAUGGUUGCAAGUUCCUGCGGGAUCGCAGCAACGUCGUGGCCAACUGGCUUUAUCAGAUCUUUGAACCCUUCUCGAACAUGAACCACACCUGCCCAUAUAACCACGACAUCAUUUUGGAGAAAGUGCCGGUACAGUAUGUGAAUAAACUCAUCCAGACAGUCAUUCCCGAUGGCAGAUUCUACAUAAACUCCUCCUGGGUCGUUGGGGGCAUCACGCGUACCGAUUUCCUCAUCUACUUUACGAAGUCCUAG